UUUCAGCUUGAGUUACGCGUAAUCGAUGAAAAUCGAGCCGAAUACGUGCGAUGUGAUCGCCGCUGGUGAUCGUUGAACCGGAUCGAUUCGAGAGGAGCACGAAGUGUGGAAAUGGCCAAAUUCAGGAUGUUGCCGCGCACAUCGCGCAUCGUGGCACUCUGUUCCGCCGCGAAUUUCAUAAACGCCGCGGACAGGGUCAUCAUGCCCAUCGCCAUCGUCCCCAUGACCGACGAAUUCAAGUGGAACUUAUACUGGCAGGGAUGGAUACUGUCCGCGUUCGCCUUCGGAUAUUUCACUAGUCAGAUCAUCGGUGCAAGUACAGCGAGUCGUUUCGGCUGCAAAACGGUACUAAUGUUGGCGGUUUUGUUGUGGUCUAUUAGCACAGUUGUCACACCAUUACUAGCACAGUCGGUGCCGUUACUCAUAGUCUGCAGGGUGAUUUUAGGACUUGGAGAAGGACUAGGCCUACCUGUGAUAUUUCACUUAUUUGCGCAUAAUGUUCCUGUGGAGGAAAGGUCGCGCGCUUUCGGUUAUCUUGUAGCUGCUGGUUCUGUCGGCCAGGUAGUCGCAUCUGUCAUAUGUCCACACUUGGCGUGGCAAACUGGAUUUUUUCUAUUUGGAUCGAUAGGUAUUUUAUGGACUCUGUUAUGGUUGAUGCUAUAUCAAGAAACUAACUCUCAAGAUGAGAUACCAUUAUUUGUUCCUAAGGUAGCUCAAAAUAGAAGCUUACGUUGGACUGAGUUUAUUGCACAUUUGCCAUUGUGGGCUUUAUAUAUAGCACACUUUGCAAUGAACUGGAGUAAUUAUAUAAUAAUGCAGUGGCUGCCAACGUACUUGGCAAGAAACUUAUCUGCGAACAAAGAGAGCAUUAGUUUGACAGCACUUCCUUAUGUUGUCAAUUCUCUUGUUGGCAUUGUUGCUGGUCACAGCGCUGACACUUUGAUACAAAAGAGAUGGUCUGUUUUAUCCGUUAGAAGAUUGAUGACCAAUAUAGGCCUAAUAGGACCUGGUGCAUUCUUAUUAGCUUUCUGUGCUGUAGAUGAUCUAUUUGCAGCAGUUGUCUUUGUUUCGAUAUCUAUGGGCCUUUGCGCAUGCAAUUCUGCUGGACAUCUAAGUAACCACGCGGAUAUAGCUCCGAAUCAUGCGGGAAUUACAUUUGCAGUUUCAAAUACAAUUGCAACAAUACCUGGAAUUCUAUGCGGCCCACUGACGGCCGAAUUAGUGACUGCCUCGCACGGUUGGUGGAUGCCGGUUUUCGUACUGGCGGCAGCGAUCAAUUUCACCGGUGCUAUAAUAUACCAAAGUCACAGCUCGGCGCUUCCAGUGUUGUGAUAUGCUCUCAACCGACGAUUAUGUAUUAUUGAAAAGAGAGGAAUAGUCAAGUAUUUGUUGAAGACAAUGCAAAAAUGCAUAUUUGCAUCAAGAUUAUUGUAAACUAUUCUUAGUCAACAACUGCAAUUGUGAAUGGUUACAAGAAGUUGGUGCAGUGUAUUUGGUCAUGGCGUAUUGGAGAGUCGAAAACACAUAUCAAGGUGCUUUAUUUAUAUUUAUAUUAAAUCGUAUCAUUUUUUUGAAGUGUGAUUUUGACAAAUAGUGCCAUAGUUUGAUGAAUGAAACAGUUGGUUUGAACAAUUAAUUGAGAAAUAUAUGGCAGAUACGCUUAUACAUAUUUAUGAUACUAAUUACGCAUUUUAAUUUAUACAUGUACUAUAUCGAUUAAAAAUUAGCAGAAAGCAUUUUGUGAUAUGUUCUGAUAAGAGCGUAAAAUUUUAGUUUUGCAGUGUAUUAGGAUAUAAAAUGUAUAUUCUAUCUAUAAAACAUAAGACUGUACAUAAAAAAAAAAUUUAACUCACACUUAUAUAUUAUUUAACAUUUUAGCAUAGAAAAGGUAUGAUUUAUUCAUCUUGUGUUGACAAAAAAACCAAGAAAUAAUAAAGUUUAUGAAAUGGUGAAAAAUU